AUGGGAGACACAGAAACAAAUUCACGAGGCAGCUGCUACGACAUGAUCGGAGUAGUCUGCUUCUUUAGUUUUGUGGCUGGUUUCAUUAGUUUAAUAAUUUAUAUUGCAGUGACCUUUGAAAGUUCUGUGCCGAAUAUAGAAAUAGCUUCAAUGGAUUUUACGGUGCGUAAUAUUACACAAAUUCGUCUCACUGCAAAUUGGGAUUUGUUGAUAAGGGUCCCUAGAACCCUUCCCCAUGACUAUAUAUGUCUUCAAGGAGACAUUCAAGCUUCAUUGUUUUACAAGAAUAUUACUCUUGUUACCUCGUCCGGACAAAGGUACAAAGAUCUCAAAUCCGGCUCGCCUCAACAACUUAGGGUUUCAGCAGCUAUCUCUGAAGAAGAUAUCGGCGGUUUGAUUGGCGAAAAUAUUAUCAAAGAUAUCAAAGAUGAGAGGGAAGUGAAGUUUGGGUCGAAGUUGUUUUUUACGGAUUGUAGAAAAGGGAAGAGGGGAGUUAUAAGCUAUGUGUGUAAUGAAAUCACGUUAAGGUUCGAGCCAGGUUCUGAAACCAAGGCCACUAAGUUUUGGAACAACCCUACUUGCACUAAUUUUUGA